AUGAUCGCGGCCCAGGCCAAGCUGGUGUACCAUCUGAAUAAAUACUACAACGAAAAAUGCCAAGCCAGGAAAGCUGCCAUUGCCAAAACUAUCCGGGAAGUCUGCAAAGUAGUUUCCGACGUCCUGAAGGAAGUGGAAGUGCAGGAGCCGCGGUUCAUCAGCUCUCUCAACGAGAUGGACAAUCGCUACGAGGGCCUCGAGGUCAUCUCCCCCACCGAAUUCGAAGUGGUGCUUUAUCUUAACCAGAUGGGGGUGUUCAACUUCGUGGACGACGGCUCGCUGCCCGGCUGCGCGGUGCUGAAGUUGAGCGACGGGCGCAAGAGGAGCAUGUCCCUCUGGGUGGAAUUCAUUACCGCCUCCGGCUACCUCUCGGCGCGCAAAAUCCGGUCCAGGUUUCAGACGCUGGUGGCUCAAGCGGUGGACAAAUGUAGCUACAGGGAUGUGGUAAAGAUGGUGGCAGACACCAGCGAAGUGAAACUGAGAAUCCGAGAUAGGUACGUGGUGCAGAUCACCCCGGCUUUUAAAUGCACCGGGAUCUGGCCGAGGAGUGCUGCCCACUGGCCACUUCCCCACAUCCCCUGGCCGGGACCCAACCGGGUGGCGGAGGUCAAAGCGGAAGGUUUCAAUCUCUUGUCCAAGGAGUGCCACUCCCUGGCCGGCAAGCAGAGCUCCGCCGAGAGCGACGCCUGGGUGCUGCAGUUCGCGGAAGCGGAGAACAGACUGCAGAUGGGGGGCUGCAGAAAGAAAUGCCUCUCCAUCCUCAAAACCUUAAGGGAUCGUCACCUUGAACUGCCGGGCCAGCCCUUGAACAAUUACCAUAUGAAGACUUUGGUUUCCUACGAGUGUGAAAAGCAUCCCCGGGAGUCGGACUGGGACGAGUCUUGCCUGGGCGAUCGGCUGAACGGGAUUUUGCUGCAACUUAUCUCCUGCCUGCAGUGCCGGCGGUGUCCCCAUUACUUUCUACCGAACCUAGAUCUGUUUCAAGGCAAACCUCACUCGGCCCUGGAAAACGCUGCCAAACAAACGUGGCGACUGGCAAGAGAAAUCCUGACCAACCCGAAAAGUUUGGAAAAACUUUAG